CUCAUCUGCAUCCUUGGGUGUUUUACAGUAAAAUACAAAGUAAAAUAUCCAUGGCCUCGAUCAGUCCCAGAUCUCCACCAGUGGCACUAGAGCUUGAGAAGAAUAGUCAGGCCAGUACUACAACUAGCAAAUUUGUGUUCCAUGAUGUGAUAUUGAGGGUCUUCUUGUUUGCAACAUCCCUAACGUCACUUGUAGCUCUAGUGACCAGUAAGCAAACUGAAACGAUUCCCGUGCCUUUCCCACCUUACCGAGCAUCUGUUGCAGCUGAAUUCACUGAUUUACCAGCCUUCAUAUAUUCGUCAGCUGUCCUCUCAGUGACUUGCUUCUACAGCAUAAUUACUACCAUCUUAUCUUUUUUUGCACUCGUGAAACGUUCUACAACAUCAACAAAGUUGAUGUCAUGUGUUUUCUCCGUAGAUGUGCUACUCUUAGGUAUUUUAGCUUCAGCAACUGGAGCCUCAGGUGAAGUAGCCUACUUAGAACUCAAAGGAAACUCAAAUGUAGGAUGGCACAAGAUCUGCAAUGUCUAUGAUUCCUACUGCCGACACAUUGGAUUCUCGGUUUUAACCUCAAUCUUUUCCUCCAUGGUGCUAGCAUUCCUGAUCAUCCUCUACAUCAUUACUGUAUCACGAAGAUAAGCACAUCAUAGACAUCAUUAAAAUUAGUAUGCAUACCUGAUUGAUGGGAGCAUAUUCUUCAUUGUUUAGAAAGAUUGUAAUGGAAGGUUAUAGUUACCUGAAAAAAAUAUUAAAAUUUUGUUUAACAUA